AUGGAGCGGAUGUCUGAGGAGGCACUGAGGCUCAACUUGCUGAAGCGAGGCUUGGAGUCACCCAGCGAGCGAGAGGAGGCGCUGGCCAAGCGCCUCAAAAUGGAGGGUCACGAGGCCAUGGAGCGCCUCAAGAUGCUGGCACUACUUAAACGCAAGGACCUAGCUGACCUGGCGGCCCUGGAGGUUGCAGGGCCCCUGGGAGAUGGGAAGGGGCCCGGAGCCAGCACCCUCCACCACCACCAGAGUCUCAUGGGUGCUGCUUAUGAGGAGAAGCUGAAUGGGAGUCUGAGGCUGGGAGGCCACGGCAGCCAUAUUGGACCAAGUAAGAAUGGGAAGGAAAACAUCCUGGAUGAACCAGUGGAUAUGAGCGCUGGGAGAAGAUGUGAUGCUGACCAUGACAGACGAACUCCGUCUCCAGACGUCAUCAUCCUUUCAGACAACGAGGCGUCCAGUCCCAGAACAACACCACGCCCUGAGGAGCGUCUGCACCACGCCAACCUAGACAUGUUCAAGGGGAAGACAGGAGAAGAGAGGCAGCAGAUGAUCAAAGCUCUGAGAGAGGAGCUGCGUCUGGAGGAGGCUCGUCUGGUGCUGCUCAAGAAGCUCCGACAGAGUCAGAUGCAGAAGGAGAACGUGGUGCAGAAGGUACCAGUGGUUCAGAACGCUGCAUCCUCUGUGCAGCCCCCUCCCAUCCACAGCUCUCCUGGCCUGGGGAAGCUGCCUGUGAGGCCGGGCAUGCACAACCCUGAGCCCCAGAGCCUCCGCACUGCACAGGGUCAUACCGUCAUCAGGUCAGCAGCCAAUGCCAGCCUGCCCCCCAUGCUCAUGUCCCAGCGAGUGAUAGCCCCCAACCCUGCCCAGCUGCAGGGCCAGAGGCUCUCCUCUAAGCCUGGGAUGUCUCGCUCCGGCAGCAUGGCCAAUCCCGUCAGCUACCAGCAGGCCAGCCAGCAGGUGGCAGCUUCCCAGCGCUCAGGAUCCAGUGCCAUGUAUAUGAACCUGGCCCACAUGCAGGCGGCGGCAGCGGCCGGUGCCGGCGGGGUCACGGGCGGCCUGGGUGGAGCCUCUGCCGUCAGCCCAUCCACCAUGUCCAGCUCGGCUGGCGGAGGUGUGAGCUCCAUGGCCGACCAGGCCAGCAGCCAGGCGGCGGCCAAGCUGGCCCUGAGGAAGCAGCUGGAGAAAACCCUGCUGGAGAUCCCUCCACCUAAACCCCCCGCCCCACUCCUCCACUUUCUGCCCUCUGCCGCCAACAGCGAGUUCAUCUACAUGGUGGGCCUGGAGGAGGUGGUGCAGAGUGUGCUCGAUAGUCAGGGUAAACUAAGAGGGACCCUGGGCCGAAUGGAGCCUUUCUUCUGCGCCCAAUGCAGAACCGACUUCACCCCCCACUGGAAACAAGAGAAGAGCGGGCGAAUUCUCUGUGAGCAGUGCAUGACUUCCAAUCAGAAGAAAGCUCUGAAGGCAGAGCACACCAACAGGCUGAAGAACGCCUUUGUGAAGGCCCUGCAGCAGGAGCAGGAGAUUGAACAGAGGCUGCAGCAGCAGGCGGCCCUUUCUCCCAGCUCGGCUGCUACCGGCCCCAACGCCUCCAAGACUGACUCCAUGAUCCGACAUCAUGCACUCCGCCAGGCUCCCCAGCCUCAGGCCUCCCUGCAGCGAGGUCUGUCCAACUCAGCGCGAGGUGUCCUGUCCAACUUCGCCCAGGCCUCCCAGCUGUCAGUGGCCAGCAGCCUCAUGGGAAUGACCAGUGCCAAGCACUGUGGCAGCGGUGGAGGCAGCAGUAGCAGCAAUAGACUGCAGCAUGACAGCCGUCGGCAGAUCUACAACAUCCCAGGGUUAAAUAUUGCCUAUCUGAACCCAGCGGCAGUUGGAGCCCAUAAGAGCUCCAGCUUAGCAGACCGGCAGAGAGAGUACCUGUUGGACAUGAUCCCACCUCGAUCCAUAUCGCAGUCCAUCACCGGACAGAAAUGAGCCCCACACAGCUUUCCUGCCCCUCUGAAGCCACCCCAUCCUGCCCUCCUACCCCAUACUGAAGCACUCCCAGAUCGACCAUCACCCCCACCCCCAUCGCAUGCAGUGCCUGUCCGUGUGCCUACCUUAAACCAACCCAUGAAAACUCACUAAGUCGGACAAAGACACUAAACUGUCUGUGCAUCUAAAAAUGUUCUUAUUAUAGUAAAGAAUCUUCUUCGUCAGCGUUGUUUAACAAUUAUAAUUCCCAUUUAUUAUCGCUGUUGGUAGCACUAUUAUUAUACCUGCAACUACCAUUUUUGCUUCAGUUACGAUUACUCAUUAUUAAGUGUUUGUUUCCCUCUUUACUUUGGGCAGUGACAGUGAAUGAUAGAGGGCUACUUUAGGCCACCAUCACGUAGGAUUUCUUUUCUACACUCAAUUAUAAAGCUUAGAUGUAACUAUUGCUAGUAACAGAAGAUCAACAGGGUGCAUUCUGGUUGCUAUGCAACAUAACGUUUAAAUUGAAACUUUUUAAACGUGUUAGCUCGCUAAAGUGGAAAAUACUGAUUGGAAGAAAAAGGGAGCAAAGCACCACACUCUGCAGCUUCAGCUCCGACAUGUUCACCCUGGAGUCCGGGGCAGUAUCUGGAAACGACUGAGUAGAGGUGCGGAUGUGUACAAAAGAGAAGAGUCCUAUGUGAUCAGAGUUUGGAAAACUUUUUCCUUUGGUAGUCGGCUCUCACCAUCCCCAUCAAAAGGUCAUCAGUUUCUUCAUUUCAGAUGUGAGCCUCUCCUGCUGCAGACUUGAACAGUUACCAGGUGGAUGUGAGUGUAGUUGUAUAAUGAGGACUGACGAGACAGCACCUCGCCUUCAGCGGACCAACAGACCAUAGAAACUCCUUACAGGCCGGAAGGCGGUCAUCUACAAACUCACCCAGUGUUCACAGGGGCAGGAUGGUGUCCACUCAGUGAGAAGCAAGUUGAUUUUCCCUCCCAUCUCACUACCUGACCCCCCCCCCCCCCGCACCCACCCUCGUUAUCUAGUAUGCACAGACUGAACCCUUUUUACCCAGCAGCUCCUCUUGGCAUCACAUGUUCUUUGAGAAAGUGAAAAGAACUGAAAUCUGCAGGUGGAAGCACAUUUUAUGCAUCCAAACCACAGAUUCUCGACCUAGAAACCUAAAGAUCUGGGUCCUUUUCUUCUUUGUAUUUGGGUUUUUAGAUUGUUUUCUGAUUGUUGGCCCCUCCACCCAAUCUUUCCUUCUUUUUUUUGGUUAGUUUAUUUGUUUGUUUGUUUUGCGGCGUCUCCUAAUGAAAUGGUGACUUACCUGAGAGGUAUUUGCCACCGGAGACGAUAAUAAUCAUCAUAGCUAAAAACAGAAACUAUUGAAAUAUCUGUAUGGAUUAUGUAUCGAUACCUAGCUUCAGAGGGAGGGAAAAAAGGAUGUGGAUUAUAUCUUUUAUGGGAGAGACAUGGAUCAAUCAUUGUGUGCAUGCUCUGCACACAAGUUGCCUCACUCCAGAGGAGCACUUUGCAUAUUUCCAAUUGGAAAAACAUUUUUUUUUUAAAGAGGAAAAGAAUGUUACAAUUGAGAGUGGCUAAAGUCUGGAUGCUGGCUGAUGGCCGACCAGAGAUGUGUGAAUAUUGUGGAUUGCAUCAAGGUGUGUUUUAAGGGAUGAUGAAUGGUUUUAUCCUAAUUUGCCAGUGUUGAUCUCUGUUAAUGUUGGACCCCCAAGUGUCAGUUUCCAAAUCCAAGGCUGUGUAUAAGCUGCUUGAGUCGGUACCGGUCCCUUUGACUCACUGCCUUAAGUAAAGUUAUUGUCCUUUUCAAUGCAGUGCAUUCAAUCAGUGGGACACCACCAGAUUCAAACCAACACCAUCCUCUUCACGUGACAGUCAUGUUCCACUUUGUCCUUAUAGAUUUCUCUUCUCAGAUACUGGCCGGUUGCAUGCAGCCUCAGCAUGGACACUCUUCCCUGCUCUCAGCUGUGGGAAACCUCAAAUUAAAUUAAUUUUGAUUUGCACAUUUAAUUCUUUGAACUGUUCAAUCUGUUCUGUAAAUAUUUAAUUUAGAAGCAGAGUUUCCUAAACAUUUUCCACCAAUACAUGGAGUGUGUCAGCCUGUCUUAGAGCUCUCCCCCAUUGACUUAAUGAACACACCCUAAUGUUGAGUGUACUAACGACACUGGUUUCCUCAGGAGUGAUGGGCUCCAGCCAUUUCAGGCAGUGUGCAGUCAAUGUGCAGUAUUACUCACGGAGCCUGGUGACACAAGAACACUGGACACCGCUGUGAUGAAGUCACUUUGGGACACAUUUCAGUCAGAUAAUUGACCAACCUCAGCUUACAAAUAAUUCUCAAAUUGUAAACGGUCACUGCUUAAUCUAUAAAUAUGUCUGAUUUGAUCAAAUGCCAUGUAAAGACUGUUUCAGUGACUUCUUUUAGGAUGAACCCUAUGGGACGUCUAGUCCAUGUCAAACAUCUCCCAUGCAGGUGCACGUAAACGGUUGUGCUGAAACAACAUGGCACAGGUUCACCAUUGACAUGAGAGCGACACUGUUGCAGAGGGUUACAGCUGGCCAACACGCGCUCUGGCAGCCAUGUUGGAUUCCUUCAGUUCUAAAUGUGUAUCUCUCAGUUUCUGUGCAGUAAAUGUGUGUGAAUGGAACGGUCACCGAUUUCUUUUGUGUUUGAUAUCUAACCAUAUGUUUGGUUACUUUACACUCAGUUAGUUCAUUCUGGACUCUUUUACUUUGAAUCCUCCGCACAAUGUUGUGCAGACACUCACUUUGUCAGGUACUUUGGUUUAUGACCAAACACCUGCAAACUAGUGGCAUUCUCAUCAGCCUCAGCUGCACGCUGUUAGUGUUAAUAAGCAAAUGUUAGCAUGCUCACAUGCUAAACUGAGAUGGUAAACAUGGUAAGCAUUAUACCUGCUACCUAUCUUGUAAACAUUGUCGUUGCCAACAUGUUAGCAUGCUGACAUUGGCAUUUAGCUGAAUACACUGCUAUGCUAAAUAAAGCCACCCAGCUAGCUGGCUGUAGUGUUCUUUUGGUAAAGCUCUUUCUGCUGAAUGACAAGCGAUGCAAAAAUGUAAACUGAAGCUAAAAAGCAAGAGAAGUUAGGGCGACAGGUUAAAACCCUUUGAAAAAGUAUUUUUAAAUUUGCAAAGAAAGUGUAGCACUUCAUGUGGAAGCGCUGGCCUUUGAUUGGAACAGAACUACUGUCUGCACAGUAGUAGCAGUUGUUGAAUUAGCCCACCAGUUAGCUAAGCUAGCUAACACAGCCCCUCUUGUUUUCAUUGCUUAGUGUUAUUUCUCAUUCAGUCUGAAAAGCUUUUUUCUCUUUCUGUCCUAAAUUCAAUUUGUAUCAGCUCUUAGUAAUACAAUCUAAACACUUUAACAGGGAAAGUUUCAUUUGAACAAAAAUAAUUGCCCUUUGUUGGGUGAUGAAGUGCUCAGUAUUGUCUUGCUAACACAGGAGCAGCAUAUGUUCCAGGUGAAGUCUUUUUUUCAAAGACCAAUGAAAGAAAGCCUUUAUGGGACAAAGACGGUGUCUAGCGUUCACUCCUCUUCUCAAGCCAAGGCAGUACCACAGUAAUAUACAGUCUCUUCAGGUGUCUGUGGUCAUGUAGCCAUGACUCUAUUUAAUAUCUAGCCGUCAGCUCUCUGAUGGAUCUUCUUGAUUGAGCUCCACAUGAGAGGUUUGUGGUGUAACUGCACAUUAUCUGCACAUCUCCUGUUAUGUUAUGCGAAUCUGUGGCCCCUAUGUGCACAGUGGUUGGUUCAUCAGACCUGCCCAACGAUCCGAUAAGAACCAGUCCAGUCCAAUGGAAGACUUGAAACUACCUAGGAUUGCAUUCAGAGAAGUGAACUAAAGUUCACACUUGGAACACAUCAUUUGUGGUAAUUAUAUAAAAAGAACAUGAAUCAACUUUCCCUUUGAUGGAACAGUAGAAAUUGGAUGUAGAGAUAUAUUUUCAUGAGUUUUAAAUUUUUACUGCCACUCACAAUUAAAUUUUAGCAAUGUUUUUUUUCAUGCGUCUCCUUUUGCUGCCAAGCUUGAGUUUAAGAGAACAGCUCCCGUCUCUUACUGUUCUGCAGAUGCAUCCACACACUUUGUAUUCGGAUUGCAGAUUCUUUCUUGAAAUCAAAAUAUUCAAAAAUUGAAGUCAUUCUUUUUGCUGACGUCUCAAUUUAGUUCUGUUUUCUUUCUAUUGCAGUUUAAAAAAUAAACAAAUGUAUUGACUAUGAAAUAAAUGACAUGAUAUUUGAUAGGUUUGAAGUAAUAAUGACUUAUUGUACAUAAGCAUUUUUUCCUCCCUUGUACUGAAAAAAGAAAUUAAAUGGUUGUAUAUUGUGUAGAAAAGCAAACAAAAGCCAUGAAUAUUGUGAAGCUUGUCAUUUCGUUUUGUGAUCACUGUAUUAUUGUGUAACAAAUGUGCAAAAUGUUUGGGAUUCUUUUCUCCCUCUGCUUCUUGGAGCGCUCUCCCUGGAUGCCUUCACCUGGGCUGGGGACUAGUUAGAGUUUGCAGGAAGGUGCUCAUUGGUUCAGACAGAUGGGGUCACAUUACACAUCUGAACAUGUGUUUUCUCUUGGAGCAUUAAAACUUGAAAUGACUUUGUGUCUUACAGAAUGGUUUCCUGAACUUGCUCUAGACAAAAGCUCUCUGAAUGUUUCACUGUGUGUUGGAUGACAUGGAACCCUCCUGAACCAAUGGUUUGAUGCGGGGUCAGACUGAUAUACCUGCUGACACUGACCUCUUACUAAAGGACCAGACUGGUGUUUUUACAUGUUCAAACCAUGUCUGCUGACCACUUUAAGAUGUCCGUGUAUUCAGGCAGCCAUUGGCAUUCUGUGAACUGCACGGGACAGAAUCACAGCGUCGAAAGAGGGAAGAGAAGUCCACAUGGUUUCCAGAGUCCAGUUCUUAUACAGACUUUUUCUGUAACAAGGACAUUGGUUCUGGAAAGAUAUGUUGCUGCUUUAACAGUGUUCUUUCAAUGCUGUAAGCAACACAGAUCUUAAAAGCUGCACAAAUAUAAGAAAAAUGACAUUCUAUGCAAGCCGGGGUAAGUGAGAAAAUGUUUUGUAAGAACCAACUCUUCAUUUCCAGUGUCCAAAUGAAAUCAAUGGCUGGCUAGAGCAUGGGCAAAAACACAAAUAAAUUCAAAUGUCAGUGAGUUGAUAAGUGGACGAUGAUAAAUGGUUGCAAGCUUAAAUACAAUACAGUCUCAAGAGGGUUUCCGCUUUUCACCGUGGUUUACAUGCCGUCAGGGCCCAACAGUCGGCCGGUCCUCUUUUUUGGAGGGAACCCUAUUGACAUUUUUGGCAUAAAAAGUCAAUUUAAUACAGAGUUUUGGCACUAAAUAUUUUCAUCCAGGUAUAAGCGCUCACAUCAGUGGAACCCUGGUCUGACCUUAAUAGAUGCUUCACAGCUGCUGCUGUUGGGCCUGAAUCAGUGAUCACUUUUCCUGCCAACACCAGCAUAAAACAUGUCUGGUCCUCUACUGUUGGGCUUUAUCUUCUAUUAGUUGUUGUUGCUAAAGCAGGGAAACGUUUAAUUUCAAAAUCAGUUUUAUCAAUUCAGUUGACUUUUUGUAUAAUGUGGGGAUCUGGGGAAGCAAAAACAAAUGAUGAAAUCAACCGGAAACUAAUUGAAGUCCUUUUUGUUUAGCUUACAUCAAUCCUGACCUUUUGCACAUACUUGAUAUUUAACGGUCUUCAAAAAAGUUAAAGAAAAUAAUGCUGUUUGAAUACUGCCAGUUGAUUGACAAUUAUGCAUUGAUUGAAAAAAUAAGCUAAUUUUGGAGGAAAUAACUUUGUAAUAUUUAUCUCUUGCAAGCUAUGUUUAAUAAAGGUUGAAACAAU